AUGGUUAGAACAAAUGUUGUCUCUUUUGUUUUAUUUGCUGCUAUUGUAUUAUGUAUACUAUAUGGACAAAAACACAUCGCACCCUGGAUAUUUGAAGACAAAUCGAUAUGUUGUAAAGAACAUCCGAGUGUUGGAAGGUGUCUUCCAGGCAUCGAUGAUGAUGCUGAGAAGGAUGGGAAAUGCUGGAAAUUUUGUAUUGAAGGGUGCGAAACAGGAGGUUUUUGCAAACUUUUUGAACAUAAACAUAUAUGUCAUUGCAAUUGUUCCGGUUAA